AAUUUAAUACACCCAAUCUUUGGUCCAAAACAAGGGAAUUUGCAACCUGCAACCUUCCAAACCUUGUGUUUAUAACUACACUCAUGCUUUCCUUCCCCCAUCAUCUCAUCGCUAACUCCACUGGCCCCACAUUCAUCUUAUUAUUGACCCAUAUACUUGUAGUAACCUUUGCUUCCACAACAUGCACAUGUGUAUAAAUAUAUACACAUAGCUUUAUACAGUGAUCUAUUUGUAUUCAGACCAAAAAAGGAAAUUAAGCUUUCGGCUUUCACCACAGAUUUGAUUUUUCUCUAUUUGUGUGAUAGCAAUAUGGUGGGUAUCUUUUCGUUGGUUACAGGGAGGCCUGGACCUAGUGGUUUCGGAUCUGCCUCAACUGCUGAACAUGUUACUGAAGGAAUUGAUGCCAGCAACCUCACUGCAAUUAUCACAGGAGGAGCAAGUGGCAUUGGGUUGGAGACAGCGCGGGUGUUGGCUCUUCGAAAGGCCCAUGUCAUUAUUGGUGCAAGAAACAUGCAAUCUGCAAAGGAAGCAAAACAACUCAUUCUGCAGGAAAACGAGUCAGCUCGUGUGGACAUCAUGAAGCUUGACCUCUGCUCAGUGAAUUCUGUCAGAUCAUUUGUGGACAACUUCAUUGCUCUUGGUCUUCCUCUCAACAUUUUAAUAAACAAUGCUGGAGUCAUGUUCUGCCCCUAUCAGAAAACAGAAGAUGGGUUCGAGAUGCAGUUUGCAACAAAUCAUCUUGGUCAUUUCCUCUUGACGAACCUUCUUCUUGACAAGAUGAAACAAACCGCAAAAACCACUGGAAUUGAGGGCAGGAUCAUAAAUCUGUCUUCAAUUGCUCACGUUUACACCUACGAAGAGGGGAUUCGAUUUGAUAACAUCAAUGAUGAAGAUGGAUACUCUGAUAAGAAAGCCUAUGGGCAGUCCAAGCUGGCCAACAUAUUACACGCAAACGAGCUUUCUCGUCGCUUCCAGGAAGAGGGUGUUAACAUCACAGCCAACUCAGUUCAUCCCGGGGUGAUAAUGACUCCUCUCAUGAGACACUCUUCUUUACUUAUGAACUUUCUGAAGAUGUUCACCUUCUUCAUGUGGAAGAGCAUACCCCAGGGAGCAGCCACAACGUGCUAUGUUGCUAUACACCCCAACCUGAAAGGGAUAACCGGGAAGUACUUUCUGGAUUGUAACGAGUUUCAACCAAGUGCACUUGCUUCAAACCAACUCUUAGGAAGGAAACUCUGGGAUUUUAGCAACAAGUUGAUCAAUUCACUUUCAAAACCUUGAUUCUACCUGCUGCAUGCUCCAGUGUUUCUCCCUUUACGUCUUCGUCAUGCUUAAUUAAUAUAGCCACUACAAAUAUAAACAUAAGUUCUAUAUGUGAGGAUAUUUCCCCAACAUAUUAUUCGUUAUUUCUUCACUCUAUAUUUUGUAGAGUUUUUUUAUUAUUUUUUUUAUUAUUUUUUUAUUUUUAUUGUAUCAAGCAUAUAUAUUCUCUAAAUAUAAAGUAAGAAAGAAAAACUAAGACAGCAAGCUAUGUUGUGUAUGUGGAUGAAGAUGAACGUUGUUAAAA